AUGGCUGAUGAACCAAGCGAAGCGGAUGUCUUUGCCAUUCCAGACCUUUGGAAGACGUCGUGGUGGCUAGAUCAAUUGACCAGCCAAGCACCCGACCCAAUCUUCGGACACGGGCUUGACGCACGAUACGACAUCAAGCCUACCUUGCUACCCCUGAAGCCCAUCACUGCCGAUACGGAUGGCUUCUUCAAGCUACCGGCAGUGGUCGAUUUUCAAGUCGACGACCCAGACGAGCUUCAAGAUUCCGACGUAACAGCGUCUACCUUACAAGAGCAUCUGGAGUUUGAUGGCGAGAGCGACAUAUGGACAGGCCCUUCUGAAUCGCAGUCAAAGCCGGCUACCUUCAGAACUUGGGAGACAUUCAAGACAAAAAGGCUACAGGCAAAUGAGCCCAUGCUUCUUUCUGAGGCUGGACGAGGUGCAUACGAUGCCUUGUUGAGCUGGCCAACUGAUUCAUUAGACUUGCGGAAUACGAGCACCGCGGUUGUUGAGACUAGGCCAUAUUUUGCAUCAGUACUGGCCUUGUGUCUUGGCCGGGAAUCUGUCUUUUUCUCAAGAACGAUUGAAGAUGGGACGUUCAAGUGCACUCUUCCACAAUUGCGAGUGUCUGGCUACAGCCGACAAUUGCUUGAAGACAUGCAAAAACAGGCCGCUGUGUGCGGUUCCACAUUCUUACGACUCGGUGAAUUUUGUCGAUCAUCGUACGCUUCAAACUCGAGCCGGUGUGCUGUAGCUCUAGCCAGCGCCAUAAGCCAAACUCUACAAGCCGUAGAACAUCGAGUCACUGUGGAUCGUCGAUUUCCCGAAUCGCUGCUGCAACUUCAGAUUACCAUUCAGGAAGAAUUUUGCAUUCUCCGUCCUCUCGACGAUCUCGCAGCGCGAAUACCUCGGCAUCUCCCAGACGAAGAGAUCUUGUCGGUCGUUUUUCAAGAGGCAUCAAGGUUUGAGUUCAGCGAGAGGCAUAUCAGGGAUAUAUUUUGCGAGAUUUUGCGACGAUCAUCAACCCCUUGGGUCGAGUCAAUCGAGGAAUGGCUUGGCACACGACGGGAAAUGGGCGUGCCGUUUGUCCGGUCCAACGUAGGGGAGUCCAAGGGGUUUGUCACGGUCGAUGUCCAGGUCUUUAUCGACGACUUUGGACGGGAAGUUGAGGACAUUGAUUUUCGAUUGGAUAUCGGCAAAGUCCCACGUUUUCUACCUAGGGAUAUCGCCGAGUCCAUAUUCGAAACUGGCAGAAACCUGCGAUUUAUUCGGACAUUCCACCCAGACCACGUUUUGGCCCGAUCUGACGUUAUCGUGUCGAACCGACCGCCCGUAGCGGGAUGGCUAUUCGAUUGGGGUUCGCUCUUGAACCUUGAGGAUCACAUCGCCCAAUAUCAAGAUCGACUUCUUGACGCUAUUCAGGGCAGCCGUUCAAGCACAGCACGUACCGCUGUUCAACCCUGCCACGGAAUACAUGAGCACCACCCACAAUUCAAGUUGAAUAUUUUUGACGUCGAUGAAGCAACUAUAGAGAAACGACUAGUUGAGUCAAUGGAUCAACUUGGCCAGCCGUUGAUGGCGAGUGCAGGCAAUGACUCGCUAAGUUGCAUUGUGCGUGCAACGUUUUCUAGAGAAAUUCAAAGCGACAACACAAUUUCUCAUGACACACCGCACUGGUCACUGUUGCCGAUUCUGUCAUUUGGUGGAAUUGCGGCCGCCCAAGCUCGAAUUGUAAAUCGAGAAAGUCUGCGCUUGCUAUUUGAGGUCAAUGGUAUCCAAGCUCACCUGAAACUUCAGCGAGACUUCCAUCUACUCGGAAAUGGCAUGUUUUGUAGUCGGCUGACGCAGGCUUUGUUCGAUCCUGAUCUCGAGACAACUGAAAGACAGGCCGGUGUCGCGAUGCAAGGAGGCGUGAUGGGCCUCCGACUGGGAGGACGAGAUACAUGGCCGCCAGGAAGCUCUGAACUUCGCCUUGCCCUGAUGGGAGUGCUCGGUGAGGCUUAUGAUUCACAGGGGGCUACGAAGAACCCUCGGUCGACCAACAGUGGUUCAGGCGCUCCCCGGUUACCGGGAGAGCUGAGCUUUGCAGUCCGAGACCUGUCCGAGGAAGAAAUCAACAAGUGCGUGGACCCCGACUCGCUAGAAGCUCUCGACUUCCUGCGGCUCUCGUACACCACGCCUCCCGAACUGACGUCAAUCAUCACGCCAGUUCAUCUCAUGCACUACGAUCGCAUCUUUAAGCUUCUUCUCAGGAUCCUGAGAAUGGUCUACAUUGUAAAUCACCUGUAUCGGGACACCAACUCAAGGCUAAACAGCUGGGACGAGGACAAUACGUCCUAUCGAUUCGUCAGGGAGUCGCAGCAUUUUGUUUGCAGCAUCGCGUCGUACUUUCUGGACAGUGGCGUGGCGAUAGCGUGGCAAACGUUCGAGAGCAAACUAGAGAGCAUUCGCGUUCACCUGAACCAACCUGGGCUGGCCCCAGACAAGUUCGCAUGUAGUAGUCCCAACCAACUGAGGGACAUGCAUUCACGAGUGUUGGAGCGGAUCAUGUACGCCCUGUUCUUGAGGAAGCGUCAGCUGCCCGUGCUUAAGCUCUUGGAGGAGGUCUUGGGCAUCAUCUUGCAAUACGCGAAGCAGACAAGAUUACAAGCGCUCGCGGGGGACGCCAAAGCCGAAGAAACAGUCAAUUCGGCGGAUAUGCAUGCUGAGCUUCGAAAGAAGCUUCAGUUGUUUGUUACUGUUUGCCGGGGCCUAUCGGAAAAGGCGAGGGUGAGUGGCAAGAAGACGGCGGAGGGCAUGUCGUUUGAAGCCUCUGGCUUGGGCGAUGAUAGCUUGAUUGCACAGCUUUUGGUGAAGCUGGACAUGUGUGAUUACUACUGUAGACGCUGA